AGCUGAAUUACUUGGAGGAGGAAGACGAGGUAGAGGAGACAGAGCCAACGCAGCUGAAAGAAAGAAAACUCCAUGGAGAGAAAACCUGUGUCCUUAGCUCCGUCCAUCUCCAUAUCAGAAAUGGAACCCAACGUCAACUUCAGCAAUCACAGUAGCAACAGGAACUGUACGAUUGAAACCUUCAAGAGAGAAUUUUACCCCAUCGUGUACCUGGCAAUAUUUAUCUGGGGAGCCUUGGGGAAUGGCUUUUCUAUAUAUGUUUUCCUGCAACCUCAUAAGAAGUCCACAUCUGUGAACAUUUUCAUGCUAAAUCUGGCCAUUUCCGAUCUCUUGUUCACAGCCACACUGCCCUUCAGGGUUGACUAUUAUCUCAGAGGCUCCAAUUGGAUAUUCGGGGACCUAACCUGCAGAAUUAUGUCUUUUUCUAUGUAUGUCAACAUGUACAGCAGCAUUUAUUUCCUGACUGUGUUGAGUGUUGUGCGUUUCCUGGCAACGGUUCACCCGCUGCGGCUCCUUCAUGCCACUAGCGUCAGGAAUGCCUGGAUUUUAUGUGGGACCAUAUGGAUCUUUAUCAUGGGCUCCUCAACACUGCUGCUGAAAAAUGGCUCUGAGCUGAAGGGCGAUGUCACCUCGUGCUUGGAGCUGAAUCCCAAUAAAGCCACUAAGCUGAAGACCAUGAACCACAUUGCCUUGGUGGUGGGCUUUCUGCUGCCAUUCUGCACGCUCAGCAUCUGUUACCUGCUGAUCAUUCGAGCUUUGUUAAAGGUGGAGGUCCCAGAAUUAGGGCUGCGUCCUUCUCACAGGAAAGCGCUAACCACCAUCAUCAUUGCCUUGAUCAUCUUCCUCCUGUGCUUCCUGCCCUAUCAUAUACUGAGAACCCUCCACUUAGUCGAGUGGAAAGUGGAUAAAUGCAAAGAGAGUCUGCAUAAAGCUGUGGCCGUCACACUGGCUUUGGCAGCGGCCAACAGCUGCUUCAACCCUUUGCUCUAUUACUUUGCUGGCGAGAAUUUUAAGGACAGACUAAAGUCUACACUCAGGAAAUGUCAUUCACACCAAACAAAGUGCAGCUUUCCUGUGUGUGUGUGUGGUUAAAAAAGGAAACAAGAGUGUGAGGGGUUAUUAGGUGAGGCUGUCCCUAUGUCCUUGUGUCCACCUUCAUUCACACGUAGUCUGCAAAUGACUGUGUAUUUAUACCAUUUCCAACAAAGGUCGAUUCCCAAGAUUGAACUGACCAUGACUUUUGUUCAUAAGACCUACUUCAGAAUUUUCAUUCAGUGUAUCUUCAGUGUUUGAGUCUAAAUAGAGAGUAUAGCAGGAAAAAUCCCUAUUAGAGUCUUGCAACUUGAAAUGUCAGACUGGGAAAAAAUGCUGAGCACGGUGACUGCUGCUUCUCAUCGGAUCCUGUACCAGAUCUCUGGCCCACUAGGCAUUCUAAAUUCUUAAUUUUAAGGCCACCCCAACAUUCCU